AGAAAAUGAAACUAUAGACGCAUUAGUCACGUGCACUUCGCUGUAUAUAUUUCUCUCCACAAAUGUGUUUUCACAAUCUGCUCAUCAGGCCUCGUUAGUCCACAAUGGAAGAAGUAUCACAAGAAGAGGAACUAUCCACAAGGGCAGACCUGACGGAGGCGCUGUACGUUUACACCUUGGAAACCUUCUCCUACAUAGAGACACUGAGGGACUUCAUGGAUGGACUGUCCACAUGGAUGCUGACGAGAGAGACAGAGUUAAACCUCCUGCUCGACAUAAAAGAGAGAGCAGCCAGAAUCAACCUGGGCUUGAGACAUGUGACUGAGUCCCAGGACAAAGGAAAUGCUUUCAUGGAGUUCAUGAGGAGUAAGCUGUUCUCAGCAGACCAGCAGAAGACGCAGCUGCAGGAGGAGCUGAGUGCCUCUCUGAAGACCUCCCUGAUGGGGCUGCAGACUCUGGACGUGUUCCUGGACGCUGUGGAGAGACUGGCUGUCACUUCUGUGCAGGUGUUUCAGGAGGAGAACCCAGUGCUACUGCUGCCUGAAGGGGGUGAUCUGGGCACAGUGCAGGACAUCAUCACUGCAGCUAAGAACAUCUGCCCCCUGCUGGUGGAGUUCAAACGAGACAACAAAGAAUUCUUCAGCCCCAAACUGCAGAAUGUGGAGGUUCUGGCCUAUCAGCUGGACCAGUACAUCCAGGCUGUGCAGAGGAUCUGCGCCACCAUCAAGAAAGGGCCUUUGAGCGACUUCAGCUUUUUCAGUCCUGUGGUGAACAUCGAUGAAGAAAUCUCAGAAGACAAUGUUCAAAAGAUGCUGGACAUCAUUACUCUGCUUCAGGAACUCAGGCAGGAUGAGGCCUUCAGGAUGGUGUUCCUGUUCCAAGAGGAGUACUGCAGCAGCUUCAUGCAGCUCUUCAGUGAGUCUGAGCCCAGAAUGCAGCAGUUUCUGAAGGAGCUGGAGGAGACUGCUGUUCAGUUGGACCGCAUGAACAUGGGCGCACGUAUCUCCAGUGUGACGGGCAGCUCUGUCGGGGCUGUGGGAGGGAUACUGUCCAUCAUUGGGCUGGCUCUGAUCCCUGUGACUGCAGGAGCCUCUUUGGCCCUCACCAUGACAGGGGUGGGACUAGGCAUCACCAGCGGAGUCAACAGUGCAGUCACCACGGCAACCGAGAUCGGGGUCAACCACACCCAGCAGAAGAGGGCCAGCGAGACCUUCCAGAAAUUCAUGGAGGAUGUGAAGAAGAUCCAGGACUGUCUGGAUGACGUCACCUCUGAAGAUUCUCCUCUGGAUGCUGUGGAUAUAGCUGUGGGUGUUGGAAAGAUACUGGGCAAAGCAGGUGCAGUGGGAAAAGGCAUUGAUGCCAUGGUGGACUUGGCCUCUGGUGUGGUGGUGCGGGGGGCUGAGGAGGCGGUGGCUGGUGCAGGUAAAGUUUUAGCUGAAGAGGGUGCAGCUCUGCGUAAUGUCCCACGAGUGGCCUCCGAGCUGCCAGACGUGGGGCAGGCUGCGGCGCGAGGACCCCUGGCCCUGUCCCGCGGAGCCAGAGGAGGCUUCAUUGCUCUCAAUGCUCUCUUUCUGGGAAUGGAUGUUUUCUUCAUCGUCAAAGACAGCAUGAGUUUGGCCCGAGGCAGUGAGACAGAGCUGUCCAAGUUCAUCCGCGCCCGAUCCGCUCUGUGGCACUCGGAGAUGACAUCAUGGCAGAAGAUCCACAAGCUCCUGGAGAACGGGAAACCGUCCUUCAAGAGAAAACAAGCCAUUCUUAUGUCUGAGUUUUACCUCGAGGAGGAAAUCCAAAGAGAGGGGCAGACCAUAUGGGAGACAGACUGAGGACAAUGAGGCUCCGUCUGAAGCAGUGGGCGACCAACAGACAGAGACAGAGCAGCGCUGUGUGGUACAAUAGCACUUUGUUUUACAUGGACUAUAGGCUUAAUAUGCUAAAACCAUAGAGACAGACAAGAGACUGAUUUUAACUUUGCAUUUUCAUUAAAAAAAUACAUGUGAUAAAAAAGACUCCAGUAAAUUAAUGUUAGAAUCACAUGCACGAUGUAAUGAUGUAUGUUUGCAGGGAACAGUUGCCUUCUUAUUCAUUCAAAAUUUUGAAUUGUUUUGACUUUUUUUGUAUUUUGCAUAAUCUUUGGUUCAACAUUGCAUUAUUAUGUAAAAUGUUUCAAGAUUUUGGAUUCCCCAAAUAAGUUGUGGUCAAAGCCUACUGUACACACAGUAAGUUAUUACAUAAUUACAGCAGUACAAAAGCAUAUUUUAUUUAGAAACAUAAGAAAAACUUUAGGAGCUCGUUUUGAAGUUUCCUCUUGUUUAGAACUACAUGAAUUUAACUGUGUUCAUUGUUAAGACUUCCUGUUUUGAUGUCUAUGGUUCUGACCUGUAUACUUAUAUAUUGGCUCUUACAGAUGCACAAUACAGAUUGAUCUGUUUUCACUUUAAAAAUGUUAUUGUUGUUCUAGCUUCUGAAAAAAGAAGUCCCCUACAGCAUUCUCUGGUUGUUACUAAGUUGGAUUGACUCACUUACGGUUGAUUGCUUAUGCCUUCGCAUUUUGCAUAUUUGCUGCAAAUCUGAGGGCUUGAACAUGUAUGUGUUGAAAAUGUAAAACAUUUUCUUUUGUUUCAUUUUUAAACAUUUUGAAUAUGUAUACUUUUCAGCAAUUAAAAUGCAGAAUGAAAAUAACAUGUUAGCAGUUAAUACCCCAUUGAAUUGUAUCACCCCUUCUUUAAGGAAGGUACAAUUUAGAGCAGGAGUGGGCAACCUGCGGCUCCUCUUUGUAGUGGAUUCCUUUGCCC